GCACUCUUCAGCGCCUUCGCCAACCUCCUCCUCCUCGUGGCGCUGAAUAUGGUAAUGCCGAUCCGGAUGUUACCAUACGAAGAGAUCCUCGGAGCCGACUUCGUGGAACACAACAUUCGACACGUGGCGAUCGACUACGAUGCCAUCGUGAGGGCCUUGGAAAUCCGGGGACACAUCGUGAAAGAGCCAUGGUGUCAUUCCAUGCAUCCAGAGCAUCAGCGCCAGAGGGACCUUAGGGCGUGGUUCCUGAACCUCAAAGGGACUGGGAGGAUCUGCUCGUCCACGGGGAACGUGAAGCCAAAACACGCAAGGAAACUGGAGGAGGGAGAGCAGAGAAGGUUCUUCAGAGUGGAAUGGAGGGCUCUGCGCCUCCUCAGUUCGCGGUCGCGGAAGGUGACUCCAUCGCUGGCUUCUGUCGGGUCUCAUCUGAGAGCUCCAUCUCCAGGCGAUUGA